AUGAAGGAAGAUAAGUUAUUUUGCAUCUGUGGACUAAUCGUCGGGAUCGUAUUGCUAUUUUAUGUAUUGUCGCCUUAUAGUCCGACAUGUUUACUAAGAAGCUGUAUCCAUAAUCAGAAUGACCGUACAGGUUUUCUGUAUGCUGUUCCAACUACAAAAACAACUAAGCAUUUGAUGACAUAUACGAGAGAUAAUUCAAGUAAUGUGUCUGUGCUCGUCUUCAUCCAUAUUCAGAAAACUGCCGGUACACUUCUAGAACGUCGUUUAGUUAAAGAUGGUUUAGUGGGCAAAACAUGUUACUGUUUUUUCAGAAGACGCUGUAAUUGUAAAACGCCAAGUGGUGAUACUUGGCUUGUCAGCAGAUAUUCUACAGGCUGGGUAUGUGGACUUCAUGCUGACUUAACUGAAUUAACGGAAUGUAUUGACAGCAAACUAAACAAAGUGGACCAUCAUAUUAUUAAAAGAAGGUACAUAUAUUUUACUUUGUUACGUGAUCCUGUCGAUCGUUUUAUUAGUGAAUGGCAACAUAUACGUCGCGGUGCUACAUGGCAUACAGCUACUCUUCGAUGUAAUAAACAAUACCCACCACUUGAACACUAUAAACCAUGUUAUUUUAAUGAAGAAAUUGUCGAAAAUAUCCCGUCUAAUGUAUCCAUUAAAUCUGUUAUAGAUUGUCCUUACAAUUUAGCAAGUAAUCGUCAAACAAGAAUGUUAGCAAACCUUUCUAGUCUAGGAUGUUAUAAACAUUUAACGAAAUGGUCUCAACCUCUCAAUGUUACAGUAUUAACCCAUAUUCCACGAGUUUCAUUAGCUCUUUUAAACAGUGCUAAACAUAAUCUUGUCAGUAUUAUCAGUUGUUAUGGUUUAAGUGAAUACUUAAUUUAUUCACAAUACAUAUUACAAAAAUGCUUACAUAUUACUUUUAAACGUUCAUUUAUUGAAUUUAAUAAAAUAUCUUUUAUGAAACAAAGAUUAUUGUUUACACAUGCUACAAUAAUCCGUUCCAGUUUAAAUCAGUCUACUUUGCGUGAAAUACAAGAUGUAAAUAGGCUAGAUAUUUUUCUAUACAAUUUUGCCAAACAAUUAUUUGUGUAUCGAUUAGUAAAUUAUUUAUUAUUUGAUUCAAAUAUACCGCUGCAUUUCAGACGACCUUUACACACUAUUUGGCACAAUAGACCUAGGUCUAAAUCAUAUAUAGGUCUAAGUUAUUUACUGUUUUCCAAUCCUGUCAUCAAUUAUCAUGAUGCUAAUAUCAGUAGUAAUGCAUUUUCAUAUCGUUUCAAUUUAUUUCUUACUAAUUUGUUCAUUCGUAAAGGUAGCAUUCCAGUAUCCGAGUCUAUUUUAACCAGUGAAAAUAAGAAAUGGAGUGAUCGACUUUCUUACGAUUUUAAAAUCUAG